AGUGUGUAUGCGAAGAAGCGUUUACCUGUUUUUGCACAACAAGAUGGCGACUACGGGCUCGAGGGUUGCUGAAAUUACGAAAGAAUUUGCUUCGAAAGUAACAAUAUCCAGGCCUAAAGAAAGAAUAACGAUUUUGACCCAGCUGCUAGAAUGUGUGGUUGAGUCAGGAUUUCCAGAGAAUGGCAUUCGACCACUUUCAAGUUUGCUUGCUCAAACCAUCGACUGCUACCAUGAUGGUGCAUCUCGUAAAUCCGUACAAAAUCUCAUUCAAGUUCUUGGUAAACAGCACCCUCAGGCAACAUGUAAACACGUCGUUGUUGUUCUUAAAACUCUUGCCAACAGAAACAAGAGUCAUCAAGAUUCGAGAAGCAGUGGUGCGGUUGCCAUGGUUGCGUUAAAAUGGACGACCGUCCUCCUCGAGAUACUGAGCACCCAAAAGCAAUGUGAAGGUCAACAAAAUCAGUUGAUUUAUCUUCAAGCAGAGCUGAUUUACGUAGUGUUAGCGUCUGGUAAGAAAUCCAUAAUCAAUUCAGCAUACAGAAAACUAACAACUUUGUGGAAGAAGAUUCCUGGACUUGUAGAAAUCUGUGUCAAAGUUCUAACCAGCGGUGAUGCCAAUGUGUACUCUGUUUGUCUACUUAGCCAGUUGCUGAGAUAUUUAACCUCUAUGAAACAGAUCGACCGUGUCAUUGACCUUAAGAAAAGCUUCAUUGACUUGUACAUCAAGGCUGUGUUAACAAGCAAAGUCAAACCAAAUGUACAUGUCUUGGAAACUUGUAAGUGGUUGCUAGAACAUGUAACCCAUGAUGAGUUCAAAGAAAUGUUCUUGCCCGCAUCUGAGAGGGCGUUGUUGCGGAGUCCAGAGAAUUCAUUAGAAGCAAUUACAUACUUGUUGUGUGGCGUGUCCUUGGAUUUGAGCCGCUAUGCCUCUGAUCUAGGCAAGAGCGUUGCCGGCCAGCUACAUAGCAAAGAUGAUGCACUGCGUGACCUAGCCGGGCAAGCUGCAAAGAACCUAGCUGUACAGUGCAGUGAUCCUGGUGCCAUCGAAGAUUUACUGAAACAAUUCUUUGCUGUCUUGAAUGGUUCAUCUGGCAAGCUGACGAUGGUGACACAGAGACUUGGUGUGUUGACAGGGGUUGGCAACCUCAGCUAUAACACAGUUGGGAGUGGAAACUCAAUGCAUAACCUGGCAACCACAGCACUUGAAUUAUUCAUUCCAUAUAUGCAGGUUGAAGUGCAUGAGGGCACACUUGUACAUGCUUUACAAAUGAUGUCGCUCUGGUGUAAGAGAUUCCACAAUGAAGUGCCUAAGAAGGUCAUAAAGUGGAUGAAGGAAGCUCUCGCAUUAAAAACAUCCACUGUGCUGGUGCGACAAGGCUACAUCCAGUGUAUGCUGGCAGCAUUUCAUGGCAAUACACUCCAACAGGCCAUUCAGGUCUUGCCUGUGUUACUUCAAUCAUUAGAAAAAGCCAUUUCCCAAUCGAGUCAGGUUCCAAUGGUGACGGAGGGUGCUCAUUCGGUUGCUCUCCUCCUUAAGCUUCAUCAAGUGGAACUAGAAGCGGAAUCAAAACUUGAUCUGGUAUGGAAGGUGUUGACGGAUCAUAAGAAGCACCUGUUUACAUCAGAAAAGUUCCUAUUGGGGGCGCCAGACGAAGGUAUCGAGUCACUUCUUGUGAUCAUUGAGCAUCUUUUUUUGAACCACUUUUCCAAGUUAACUGACGCCAUUGCAAGUUCCUACUACCAUGCCUUGGUAAUCGCCUUGGUACACAAGUUCUGGAAAUUGCGGAGAUCAGCUCAACAAGUCACCAAGAAGAUUCUAUACAGCCUAGGUGGUGUUAAGUGUGUGAAGGCAUUACUCUCAGAAUUUGACAAGAUUUUGGCACAUCAAAAGGUACCUGACCCAGAUAGAGAAGAGACAGAAGGAGCCUAUCCUUGGGACAUACGGCCACAGGUGUUGGCUACUGCCCUAGAGUGUAUCAUCCUCAGUAAUGGCGCUAGCGAUAACGACGAUGAAAAUACCAAUAUUAUGCUGGCGUCACUCUUGACGGUCCAUCAUCCAUGUAUUGUGUAUGCCAAGCCCAUGCUAUGGUCCAGCUUCCUUGCAAAGUUCCAACUGCAGCCAGAGACAUUUGUCAGUGAUAAUGUUGACAAGAUAUUUGAAAUUAUUAUUGAAAGUGUUUCAAAAGAAUCUUCAUUGGAAGCAUUGAGAACAUUAUCGAGCAUUGCCCCCAAAACAACAUUUGCAAAGGUCGUCAGUCAGGUCAACAGUUGCCUUAACAACCCGUCCAUGUUGAAUGUCACGUUUGAGGAGUUUGAAAUCAUGAGAACGCCAGAAGGAGAGUUGUACAACAAGGCGGCCUUGGAAAGUGUUGCCCAAUCAGAAGUGUUGAACAAAGCUAAUAUGAAAAGGGAAAGCAAAUUGUACUCAUUUGAAGAUCAACUAGCAGAACUUGAGAUACGUGAGGAGAUUGCCAGGAAAAAAGCAGCCCAAGGAAUUAAAGAAGAAAGGAAGCUAAGCAAGAAAGAACAAGAAGUACUUACCAUCAAUCUACAAAAGGAAAAGGUCAUCCGUGAUAGGCUGAAAGUAUGUGAUUCUGAGCUUGUUUGUGUCUCCCGAUUGAUGAGUGCCUGUGUUGAUGGCAACUCUGAUGGAUUUAGACAACACAUUCCUGCCAUUCUGGGCAACCUUCUCAAUUUGAUGCCGUCACCGCUUGCAGCACCCCAUGCAGUAGAUAUAUUUUUGAUGUUGAAGAAAUGUGCUUUUCCUCCCUCGCAAAGUUUCAUAGCAAAUACUAUUGCCUUCUGCACUUUACGGCUCUACACACCAUCAUGUCGACUGCCGAAGGAAUGGUGUGAAGAGGAUCUCGUUGCUAUGACAACCCGAUCUGUAAAUUCCUUGCACAAAAGCACCAUCCAGCAAGAGAGGAAAAUCCAAUACGAUGAAGAAGAUGAUGAAGAAUUUGAGGAAGCGCCGUUGGAAGACACGAAACCACUGUCGGCACCGUCCUUCGCUUUCUGUUUUCCUCUGUUGAACAAAGUACUGCGUGCAGGUGGCGUAGCUGUGAACGGCAGUUUGUCUGUGAUGGACCAGGCUAUUGAAAUCAUCACGGUGCACGCUCAGUUAAGAGAAAGCCUCGACAAUGAUGGCUGGAGAAUUGAUGAGCUUGGUCCCGAGUUACUCCCACGUGCUGCCAUGCUAAACCUUCUGGUCCACCUGCUUGGAGUCAGUGCGGCAAUGCACCAGGAAGCAGCGGGAAAGGCCUUGCUGGAGGUCUCAAAGUGUGCUAGUGGGGAUGAAGGCUGCACACUGGCCGAACAAGAAGAGAUUGAUGUGCUUCUGUUAGCACUCCAAGCCCCAAACAGAGGGAUACGAGAAGCAGCCCUACAGGGUUUGCAAGCGCUUGUGACUGUACUACCAACUGUUGACACUGACACCUACAAUGGUCUGAGAGUAGUCCAACGGGUGUGUGUAGCUAAGCUGGAUGUUGAUGAACAUAUCAAGAAAAUUGCGGAAAGUUUAUGGGAAAGUGCUGAUCUUCAAGUGCAUCGUGACCUCUGUCAAUUGUUGCUGGAGGAUGUCAUUCAUCAUGAAGAGGUAAUCAGGAGUGCUGCAUCAGAGGCAUUGGAAAAUGUCUUGAAUGAAUUCCCAGAUCAAGUUGAUGGUGUCCUUAAGAAACUCUUUGAGAUUUAUGAAGACAAAUUAAGAACUGUUCCGCCUGUAUUUGAUAAUCUGGGACGAGUUGUAAAAGAAGCUCCCCCAGAUGAAUACACAGCCCGGUGUGGCAUCGCCCUCGCCCUCGGCAAAAUUUCACCUCACUACGGGAAAGACUCGAUCCCUCUACUGUUUGAAUUCUUCGUUCCUGGUGGACUAGGUGAUCGAAACGAAGAUGUCCAAAAGCAUAUGUUAAAAGCAGCACUGGCUAUCAUGGAGAUCCAUGGCAAGGAUAAUGUGUCCGUCCUGCUACCAGUCUUCCAAAAGUUCCUGGAUGAAGCCCCAAAUUCGUCCAAAUACGAUGCAAUCCGCCAUAGCGUUGUUAUCCUAAUGGGAUCACUGGCAAGACAUCUUGACAAAUCUGACGACAGAGUGAAACCGAUCGUCAGCAAAUUAAUUGAAGCAUUAUCAACGCCGUCUCAGCAGGUACAAGAAGCAGUAGCAAACUGUUUACCACCUCUCAUUCCUGCAAUCAAGAAUGAUGCCCCAGCUCUCAUCCAGAGCCUCUUGGCCCUACUACUAGAGUCCAAAAAUUAUGCCGAGAGGAAGGGGGCAGCUUACGGCCUAGCAGGGAUUGUGAAGGGGCUUGGAAUUUUAUCAUUGAAGCAGCAGAAAAUCAUGUCAACACUAGAAGAUGCUAUACAAGAUAAGAAGAAUCCUGAAAGAAGGGAAGGGGCUUUGUUUGCAUUUGAGAUGUUAUGUAAUAUGUUAGGCCGUCUGUUUGAACCGUAUGUAGUCCACGUUCUGCCUCAUCUUCUACUCUGCUUUGGAGAUGGUAACCAAUAUGUCAGACAAGCUACUGAUGACACGGCUAAGGCUGUGAUGAGCAAGCUUAGUGCUCACGGUGUUAAGCUCAUCCUACCGUCGUUACUCAAAGCUCUUGAGGAAGAUUCCUGGAGGACCAAAAUCGGUUCUGUUGAACUUCUUGGUGCUAUGGCUUUCUGCGCCCCUAAGCAGUUAUCCUCAUGUCUACCAAGCAUCGUCCCAAAAUUAAUGGAGGUCUUAACUGAUUCCCAUGUCAAAGUUCAAAAAGCAGGGGCCCAGGCUCUGAAGCAGAUUGGCUCUGUCAUCAGGAACCCAGAAAUCCAGCAAAUUGUGCCAAUUUUACUAGCAGCUUUAUCAGAACCUUCAAAGAAAACAUCAAAAUGUUUGAAAGCAUUAUUAGAAACCAAAUUUGUGCAUUUUAUCGAUGCUCCAUCCCUUGCACUCAUCAUGCCCGUUGUAGCCAGGUCAUUCCAAGAUCGUUCAACCGAAACGAAAAAGAUGGCAGCUCAGAUUAUUGGCAACAUGUACUCACUCACUGAUCAGAAGGACCUUGCUCCAUAUUUGCCAUCAGUAGAACCAGGGCUGAAGGCCUCCUUGCUUGACCCUGUGCCUGAGGUGCGUAAGGUGUCAGCUAGAGCGCUUGGUGCCAUGGUGAAGGGAAUGGGUGAGGCUAGCUUCAACUCAUUGAUGCCAUGGUUAAUGGAGAAACUGACAUCAGAACAGAACUCUGUGGACAGGUCUGGGGCAGCUCAGGGUAUGAGUGAAGUGAUAGCUGGUCUUGGGAUCUCAAAACUAGACAAACAUAUGCCAGACAUUAUUAAGACUGCAUCAGCUGCAGACAUCCCACCCCACGUGAAGGAUGGAUACAUGAUGAUGUUCAUUUACCUACCGGGUACAUUUGGUGAUAAAUUCCUGCCAUAUAUCGGUAGCAUCAUUAUUCCAAUUUUGAAGGCUUUAGCUGAUGAAUGUGAGUAUGUACGUGACACAGCAUUACGUGCUGGACAGCGUAUCAUCAACUUAUACGCUGAUACUGCUGUGACCGUAUUCCUACCAGAGCUGGAACGAGGUCUAUUUGAUGAGAAUUGGCGUAUCCGUCUUAGCUCCAUCCAACUGCUUGGCGAUUUAUUGUACAAAAUUUCCGGAGUAACUGGCAAGAUGACGACAGUUGGAUCAGAGGAUGACAACUUUGGAACAGAGCGAUCAACUAAGGCGAUAAAAAGGGUGCUGGGAGAAGAGCGUCGUAACCAUGUGCUUGCUGGACUCUAUAUGGGUCGGUCUGACACAGCCGUGCUGGUUCGUCAAUCUGCGCUACAUGUAUGGAAGGUCGUCGUGCACAAUACGGCUAGAACGUUGAAAGAAGUAUUACCAACGCUAUUCUCGUUGCUUAUAGGAUGUCUUGCUAGCACCAGCUACGAUAAGAGACAGGUUGCGGCAAGGACACUGGGUGAUCUAGUACGUAAGCUAGGCGACCGCGUGCUACCCGAGAUCAUUCCAAUCCUAGAGGAAGGUCUCAAGUCCGGCGAUGCUGAUAAACGUCAAGGGGUAUGUGUCGGCCUUAGUGAAAUCAUGGUCUCAACGAGUAAAGAUCAGGUUCUGUCAUAUGUUGAUAAUCUUGUGCCCACGGUAAAGACUGCCCUCUUUGACCCAUUGCCGGAAGUCCGUCAAGCUGCUGCCAGGACGUUUGAUCAUCUACAUAGUACUAUCGGAAAUCGCGCUUUAGACGAUAUUCUGCCUCCGCUACUUGAUCAACUAGAUAACGAAGAGACCGGUGCAUACGCUCUGGAUGGACUGAAGAACGUGAUGGCGGUUAAGAGCCGCGUGGUCCUGCCAUUCCUCGUCCCUAAGCUGGUACAGCCUCCUGUUAAUACUAAAGCAUUGUCCAUUCUCUCGGUGGUUGCCGGCGAAAGUCUGAGUAGGUUCCUGACACGUAUCCUACCAGCUAUUUUAUCCGCCCUCAAACAAAAGAUGGGCACGGAAGAGGAACAGCAGGAGCUGGCAUACUGCCAAGCUGUUGUACUAUCAGUGGUUGACGAGAACGGGCAGGUUGUCGUCCUUACCGAGCUUCUGCAGGCCACAAAACAUGAGGAUUCCGGAAUACGCUGGUCAGCGGUCGUCCUCCUCGAGGUCAUUUGCAGCAAGGGCAAAAUGGACUUAACUGAAUUCAUACCUCAGUUGAUGCGGGACCUCAUCAAACUGUUUAAAGAUAAAGAUCAGGCCGUUUUGGAAAGCAGCUGGAAUGCCCUCAAUGCUGUUGUUAAGACUUUGAAUCCCACCGAGCAAUUACAACAUAUUGGUAAUUUACGCCAAGCGAUCAGGUAUGCCACAGAUGACAUAAAGGGUCAGGACUUGCCUGGAUUCUGUUUACCCGGCAAGGGAAUUACACCUGUGUUACCUAUAUUUAGAGAAGGUAUCUUAAAUGGACCUCAAGAAGCAAAGGAAAUAGCAGCUAGCGGUCUGAGUGAUGUGAUUCGCUUCACAAGCGUUACCGCCCUCAAGCCUCAAGUACUUAAUAUCACAGGUCCUCUGAUCAGGAUUCUCGGUGAUAGGUUUGUGUGGAACGUGAAAGUUGCGGUGCUUGAUACGUUGGCCCUACUACUUGGGAAGGUCGGUAUGAUGCUGAAACCAUUCCUACCCCAACUUCAAACAACGUUCCUAAGGGCAUUGAAUGAUCCAAAUCGUGCUGUACGUCUGAAAGCAGGUUCCGCUUUGGGAAAACUAGUUGUAAUCCACACAAGAGUGGACCCUCUGUUCACUGAACUUCACAAUGGAAUAAAGAAUAGUGAAAACGAUAUUGCAAUAAGGGUAACCAUGCUUCAUGCACUUCGUGGUGUAAUUACUAACGCAGGUAAAAAGGCAGGGGAACCAAUUAGGAAACUUAUUACCGAAACUGUGCUGGAAUUGCUGUCAAGUAAAGAGGACGUAUGUUGCAUGACAGCUGCUGGCUGUGUUGGAGCCCUGUGUCGUGUGGUAUCAGAUGAACAGGUCAAGAAAAUAUUAUGCAGUCACCUUCUAGAUGUUAGCAGUGACUGGAUUCUACAGCAUGGCCGUAGCGUUGCCUUAUCAAUAGCAAUCAAAGAAGCCCCAGACAGGAUUCUAACCGAUGAACACCAACCAAAAAUUAUUCAAAUUCUUACAUCCAAUGCAACAAAUGACCGGAUUCCAAUAUGUACAAGUGGUAUACGAGGUCUGGGAUUUACCCUUCAGCAUCUCGUCUCUAAUGGAAUGAAUGUUCCACAAGGGAUUGUCACAUCGUUCACAAAGAGUUUGAAUCACAGUUCAAAUGACAUGAAGAUGACGGCGGCUCAGAUGAUAUCAUACAUCGCAAACGAGACAGACCACCCGCUUGAUAUCAGCAUAAUUAAGCCGCUGGUGUUGGUCCUUGUCAGCAACACAAAGGAUAAGAACACAGCGGUCCAGGCCGACAGCGAGAUAGCACUGGUCUCGCUCCUCAGGCUCAGGCUGGGAGAUGAGACUUACCAAAUUGUAUCCAGAGCAUUAGAUUCAAUUCCAUCUGGAAAACUGGAAGAUUGCAUGCGGCAAUUACGAAAGGUUGCUAAGCAACCACCUCCUAAGGAUGAAGUGGAUAAUACAGUAUUACAUUGAUGCCAUCUUCUCUCGAAUGUUUUAAAUAUCUCUUAACCUGAUUAUAAUCAUCAGUCAUGUGAUUAAGUCUGUACAACAUGUUUCCUCAAUCUAUCAAUAUUUUUGUGCACAGUUUGUUCGCAUGUAACUGUUUAUAAAAAAACAUUUCAAAAAAUAUGUUUAAUGGCCAAUCGAUGAAGAUUAUUCCUGCAGGCAUUAAUUUUUUAUUUUGUAACGCAGGUUUUGGAUUAUGGUAAAUAUUGAUAUUAUUACAGCUGUAUUUCUCAAGGUCAGAUUCUUAUUAUGAUUUCGAACAUGUGUUUAUUAACGAUUCCAAGUCCCAUGCCUCUCGCUCAACGAUGCAGUCGGAUUAAGAUAUCUGUUAGUGGUAUAAUAAAGCAGAACUCUUGAGUGGAUCAUUGCGCAUGCGUUAAGUGAGGCCAAGUGCCUUAUCGCAGCCAAUCAUAGAGUGAAUCAUUCUGGAUGUUUGUAUUUUUUCCUGAAGUGGGUCUCUGGACAUCAUCCAAGUAAAAGGAAUAAAUUGCUUAUGCCAUAAAUAUGAAUGUUAAUAAAUAAGGCAUAUAAUCAACAUAAAUUAAUAUUUGGAGAAAAAUAUAUUAUAAUUAUAUGGUAGAAAAUUUCAAAAAUUGUCAUAAUAUAAAAAGAUAGAAAGGUAUAAGAAAAAUGAAUAAAUUUGCAUAACAUUAACUAUUUUGAAGGUUGCUGAACAGUAGAGGCUCACAUCUUUUCUACUGUAAAAGUACAACACAAGCAUCAUUAAAUCAUUUUGACCCCUCCCCUAGGUUAAAGGAGGUAAAAAAAUUAGAAAUUUCUUUUUAAAUCUCAAAUUAUGGUGUCUCACUUAACCCCUAUUUAGUUUGAAGGUAUGCAGCAUAGCGUUACAGAUUUUGGUUUCAAAUCCAGGAAUCUAGGUCAGAAUCCUGUAUUUGUCACAGUUUGCGUUUUCUAAAUUGAUUUUUAAAUCAGUCUCUGAGAAAGCUUUCCUAAAAAACCAUUUACAGUACUAUGGGGAGUACAAGUAUAUGACAUAAUAAUCAGGCUUUUUGUCUCUUAUCAAAAAUCUAGGUUCAAAUCUUACACUGAUCUGUAUGACUUUUGUGGUAAUGAUAGUCUACAGUUCCAGGAUCCAUGGUCUUAUCUAAAAUUAGACACAUGGUGGGUGGGAGGGGCUCUGUUGUGCGAUGGGAAAGUGAAGGAGUGCCAGCCGCUGUAUUGAGAGCUUAUUUUUAUUAUUUUUUUUAUUAUCAGAUUUGUAUUGGGCCACAAAAUUUUUUCGGGGAAUGAUCCCCAUCCCACUUUUCCAUAGAUACACUACUGCUGAUUAUGGGUUGAAAUCCUAAGCCGGUAGCAAUUUUAUCACGCUCUUUGUGGCGUUGGCCAAGGCACGCUCUCGUCUCCCUUCACGCUACAGCAUAAAUUGGUACUUGGUAGAAAGCUGGUGUUAUAAAUAUAUGCUGAGUUAUUCUGCAUGGUUUUGAAUACUUACCUGGGAAUGGAGCAGAUUCUGUUAAGAGAAGUAAUAUGAAAUAUUUAAAUUGUUUUGAAAAUAACAUCGCUGUUAUUGACUGUUAAGUGGCACGCAAUAGGACAACUGUUUUGCUAGAGAGAAAUCUUCUGUUUAGUUUCUGUUUUUAUUAGGUAUUUUAAAAUUAAGAUAUUGUACCUUCAUGGUAAGAUACGUAAGCAAUCUUUGUGUUAAAAUGUUAUUAUGUUAUUGAUUGUUUUAAAUUGGAAUUCUAUUAAAAUGCACAUGCUGUAGCCUGUAAAAA